CGUCUAUCCAGACCCAAAAGUCUACCAAACCUCAUUCAUUUUUCCCUUCUCUUUCCUCCCCCGCCACCCUCUCUUACUCACCCUCCCCCAUAUCCAAUCCGAAUCAUUCUGACUUUCCUUUUCUCAUCCUAGUCCUUACCCUACCGACUUUUGAUCCCCUCUUGUCAUUCCUUUUCCCGCACGCUUCCUGGGUGCUACUUCCCCUCCCUUUCCUUUCCACUCACCCACCCCUUCUUCUCCCCAAUUUCUUGCUUUUCGACGCUGUCUUCGUCCUCAAUUCUCGCCUGGUCCAAGUCCUUGGCUCCUCCCUGCCAAGCUGACUCGGACCUGGGUGUAAGGCUCCCUCGUCCAUGCCACGUUCAUCGGCCACGGCUAGGAAGAGUCAUAGCAAUCGGCAUGAGAAUGGUCUCGUCGGUCCCGGAAAGAAAGUGAACAAGCAAAAGUCCAAUGGAAAUUUGAAUGGAAACUCGAACGGCGCCUCUACCCCGAACACUGGUACCUCCACUCAGGUCGACUGGCCCGCCUCUCGCUCUUCCAGCGACUCGGCUUUAGCUUCAUCGACCACGACGGCAAACAAGGUCAACGGCACGGCGGAAACCUCGAAGGCGGAUGGCAACGGGCGUGGCUUGCUAAACGGUUAUGCUAAGGGUAACGCGGACAUGUCUUAUGGGCAGACGAAUGGCGCCGUGGCCCAGAAUGGCGGACUUGCCGGCCAGGCGUCGCGUCGGACGGAGAAGCCGGCGACCGGUUCGAAGAGGUCGAGUUCUAUCAAUCCACUCCAGCUAGCGUCGACCAUCCUCAAGUCUUGCCCGAUGUACGACACCAUCGCCAUUCUCAUCUUUCUUCUGCAGCUGCCGCCUAUGGUUCUCACUUUGGUUCAGUUCCUGUUCGCCUCCCUCACCUUCAUGCCUCCCAGUGGUGCAUCGUCUGGCUCCUUGACUUCCAACUUCGACAUCUUCCAGGGUCCUGCCGGAACGCCGUCUCUCGGUACAAUGAUCGCCAUGGAUGGGUUCUGCUUGCUUUUCUGGGGUCUGUUCAUGUGGACUUGGGCGCAGAACUUUGCGCUCGAUCUCGCUCACGUGCAAGUCGCCAUCACGCUAGGCGGAGGAGGGUCGGGAAAGAAUGGAGGGGUCAAUGCCCUCUGCGUUGGCAUCGUUCUCGUAUUACAUCUUAUUCGCAGUAAAGGUAUACAGGAUUUUGUUAUAGGUCACCUGCUCUCCGCAAAGAUCGUUUCGCCCGAUCUCUUGUCGCAAUAUUCGCAUCUCAUGCCGCCCGAGUUUCGGCGCACGGAACCGCAAAGCUCUCCAAGCUGGAUCCGCAGCCUCCUUGCGGUUCAUAUCCUGGCUCAGGCAGGCACCGCCAUGGCGAGAAGAUCGAUGGCCAAAAACCGGUCGCCGGCUCCACCUCGGAAUGGCAAGCGUGCGGAUACCGAAGCAUCUGCCGGAUCGCAGACACAAAUCGAUUCCGCGUUUGAGUCCGGGGCUAGCGUCUCCUCUUAUAUCGGCGCCGAUGGUCAAAUUGUCACGCCAGCAACUCAUAAGGACGGCAGAGAUCGACUAAUCUCGGCAAAGAAACGCAGAAGGCAGGCCAACCAGGUCCGGAACCGUCAACCUUUUUGGGCUGCGCUCGCGAGCACGAAGGUGACGGUGAUGAGGGAAUAUGAGCAUUCUAGGGUUCUCAACAAAACUGGUAGGGGGCUUACGAUGACAGAAGAAGAUCUUCAGGGCAUUUCGUUGGACGAUGGGCUUGUUUGGAUAACCGAAGUCGAUAGUUCUACUAUCAAGUUUGCCGCGGGGGAUUUUGCCUCACUGGACGAUCCCGCAGUCUCUGGAGUCUGUGAAGCUGGCCGUCUGGGAAAUGAAGAAUCGGAACCAUUCUAUGUUUGUGUCAACGGCGCAUUGUGGGCAACCGCCACCAUUACCAAAGUGCAGGAUGCCCCCAAAGGAUCGAACACGGUGCACUGGCGGGGUGAGGUCUCAGGACUCGCCCCGAACUGCGCCUACACUUGCUCCUUUAUGCGGAGCGAUACUGAUGAAGAGAUCUGUGUCAUGAGCGUCAAGACUCCUGCUGCAACUGACGCGGAACAAGGUAAGGGACUACCUCGUUUGGCCUUCAGUUUGUCUAAAACAGUUGUCUCAUUUUGGCCACCCACAGUCUCUUCAAUCCCCACUCCGCCGCAACCGUCCUAUCGUCCGUCCUCGCCGACCACCACACUCAAGAACUCGAUCGUCAACGCCGAGGUUAAGCUGAAUGAGAAACGUGCUCGGUUAAGAAAGGCCAAAAACGACCACAAACUCAUCAUAUCCAAGAUCAAGAAAGAGCUGGACAACUACAACCAUCGUCUUCAGAGUGGCACCGAUGAGAACCGACAGAAACAGCGCUCGUUGCAACUUGAGAGAAACAUCAAGCAAACCGAAGAAGCCACGGCCGCUCUCGAAAGCCAACUCGACAAUCUGGAGAAUAUCCCCGAGGAGGAACUCGAGGAAUGGACAAGUCAGAAGGCCAAGUUCGAUCACGAGUUGGAACAGCUGAACCUGGCCAAGGAAGAGCUCGUUGCUGCGCGGUCCGCUGUUGCUCGUGAGGUGUCCUCGUUGGAGUCGGAGCUGAACUCUACCAUUCAGAGAAAGGAACGUCUCCAGGGCCGCCGUACCCGGGUCAAUGAGCAAUACGAGCGGAUCGUCUCUGCCAAUGCGCAAGGUCUCAACGAGCGGGAACGUCGUGCCGCGGAGCAGUUUGCUAGGGAGCAGGAUCAAGCCAAGUUGGAGGCCAACUUCAACGAGCAAUUUGCGAGCAUCAGCCAAUCUGUGCAGGAGUACCAACUGCGCACCAAUCAGUUGUGGCAGCAAGCUGCCGCGAUUGAGCAAGCCAUUCAACAACAGCAGCAGAUGCUCCUGGAUUCUGCCCCGCUUACUCCGGAAGGGAAUCUGCCGGGCACGAACCCUCUGACCGAGGCGCCCGGCAUCUCCUUGGGAUCCUUGACGACGACUGCGCCUAGCACCCGAUCUCUGCUGGGACUCAGCUUCCCGGCGCUGAAAUCUAGUCCGCUGCAGCACGCGUCGUCUCCCGUAGGUGCCACUUCGUCCCGCCCGACCAGUCCAAUCCAGCCGCCUUCGUACCUGCAACACUUCCCGACUUCUCCGCUCGGCAACACCGGCACGUACUUUGACACGGACUUUACCUACCGUGACCGGUCUUUCUCCAAUCGAUCUGCGCGGAGCAGUCUCUACGGUGCUGACUUCUUGGACUCCAACCGUCGGGGUCCCUUCCAGCUCGAUCUGUCCGACACCGUUGCCGAGAAGCGGAUGGAUUCGGGCUCUGAGGGGGUGACUCCGAACCCCAUCAUGAGACCCAUCUCCACCCCGUUUCAGCGGGCCGACAGCCGUGGCAGUGGUAGUGGCAGUGGCAGUGGGAGUAGCGGUGCAAGUGGAAGUGGCAGUGGCAGUCCCAGCUCGGCCGGUGGUAAGGGCAACUAG